AUGCCUCAGAUUCAGACCACAUUGCUGGAGAAGCUCGACCUUGUUGCGGUCGCUUUUUCUGUGAUUGGCGUAGUCUUGUGGGCCGGCCUGACGGGACCUUUCAGAGGUGGAUCAGGACCACAAAGCUACAAACAAUGGUUGAUCACUGCCCUUGUCCGCAAACUGACGACGAGGUUGAGCAGGAACCAGAUGCAGUCGAUCGGGAAGCCUUUCAGCCAGACAUACCAAGAGUGGUGUAAGACGAACAAAGCGGACCCUGCUAUCGUGACCUUGCCUUCUGGUUGUAAGGGUCUCUGGAUCGGUGACCAUGUCAAGGCGGAUUACGUCUUCAUUUUCUUCCACGCCGGUGGAUUCUCCUUCGAUGGAGAUGUGAUGCAUUUCGAGUACGGCAGAGCGGUCAUGGAAGAACUGGCUAAAGACAACAUUUCCUCGGCUUUCUUCUUCCUCGAGUACACCAUGGUCCCAUAUGCCACCUACCCGACGCAGCUCAUUGAGGCGAUCGAGGCAGUCAACCACGUCCUGUCAAGUGGACGCGCACCCUCCGAGAUCGUACUGAUGGGCGAUUCGGCCGGCGCCAAUCUCUGCCUGGGGAUCCUAUCUCACACGGCGCAUCCGAGUCCUCGACUGCCACCCCUACAACUCUCUGCUCCUUUCAAAGCGGCUGUUCUGAUCUCUCCAUGGAUACAAUUCUCACCGCGCCAGGCCUCCACCAAGCAAAACCAGUACAAGGAUUUCCUCACCGCAUCGAACAGCACACGGUGGGGAAUCGACUACCUGGCCGGCGUGAAGUCUGACUACUAUGCCGAGGCUUUCAACACCCCCUCGAACUGGUGGUCGGGGGUCAAAGUCAGUUAUGUGAUUGCCACCGCCGGCGCUGAUGAGGUCUUGGUCGAUUCGAUCAGUGAGUGGGCGGACAGGUUCAAGGUCAGUCAGUCAGUCAGGACCUUCAGCAGUGCCUAA